GCUAAACAAUGUUGAGUGUCUAAAAUAGUAGGUGCAAAUUUGUCCGAUAUUUGAUGUAAGGUAUGAAACUUGUAUGCAAGAAAAAGUAAAGCUCUCGCCCAAAUAUUGAAGAAAUGUGUGGAGCAUUCAUUGAUGUAUGUGACAAAUGAGUAAAAAUGUGACAUUUACUUGCUACAAACUACAGGAAUGAGUGUCUGCAGUUUAACAAAUGACAUUCCUGGAGAUGAAAGAAAAGAUAUUGUGAGAAGAUAUGAAUUGGGACGUCAUGAUAAUGCCCACAUAUACCCUUGGGAAGAUCCUGGGUUUGAAGUUUAUCAUGUAACUGAUAGAUAUGGGUUUCUGCAUAAUCAUCGGCUUCCGGAGAAGUUAACUGCUCAUGAAACUAAAGUGAGAGAAAUUGAAAGUGAAAGGCUAAAUAAAUGGCUGAAAAUGUUAAAAAAUUGGGAUAAAUACAGUGGUGGAGAAAAGUUAAGAAGACGCAUAUACAAAGGAAUACCAAAUGCAGUUCGUGGUGAAGUCUGGUGUCGUGUUCUUGAAGUAACUCAAAUAAAGCAGGAACAAGAGGGCAAAUACUUAGAAAUGAGAGAUAAAGCAAAACUUUUAUCUCCUGAUAUUAAGCAAAUUGAUUUAGAUGUAAAUCGUACUUACAGAAAUCAUAUAAUGUUUCGAGAGAGAUAUUGUGUAAAGCAACAAGCUUUAUUUAAUGUUCUGGCAGCAUAUUCUAUAUAUAAUAUGGAAAUUGGGUACUGCCAAGGAAUGAGUCAAAUUGCAGCCCUUCUGCUUAUGUAUAUGAAUGAAGAAGAAUCAUUUUGGGCAUUAUCCAGGCUUAUGAGUGAUGAUAAACAUGCCAUGCAUGGGUUUUUCAUCCCUGGUUUUCCAAAACUACAGAGGUUCCAAGAGCACCAUGAUAAAAUACUUACUCGGUUUUUGCCAAAGCUGAAAAAACAUUUAGAUAAAUAUGAAAUUCAUACCAGCCUAUAUACACUGAAAUGGUUUUUUCAAUGUUUCCUUGAUAGAGUACCUUUUACUUUGACUUUGAGACUGUGGGAUAUUUAUAUGUAUGAAGGUGAAAUUGUUUUAACUGCUAUGUCUUACACCCUCUUGAAACUCCAUCGAAAAACACUUUUGAAAAUGAACAUGGAAGACUUGGUUGAAUUUCUUCAAGUGAAACUUGAACAAGAUUUUGGAUAUCACGAUGAUGCUGCAGUAGAUGCUCUUCAAGCUUCCAUUGAAGAACUACAUAAGCAUAAAUUAGAUCAUCCAGGUAGAGCACCUCCACAUGAACUUCCUCAAAAACCAUUUGGCUUGAUAGAGUCAUUUUUGCACAUAGAAGAUAAAUCUGAAGAAGUAAUUGAAAUUAACUGUCAAGAAGCAAAGCAGAAUGGAAUAAACAAUCAUGAAGUUACUAAUGGCUCUCAUUCACCUGUAUGGAAGCGAAGAGAUGAAUUGGGAUCAGAUGGUUUUGACCAAACUGAUAAUGUUAACAGUAUAAGGUACUGUAAAGGUUCAGAUACAAUUGAAAAUGACAAUGGAAGUUCAAUUGUUGAUCCCUUGAGCUCUCGAAAUUCUUUAGCUGAAACUUCUCAAACUUCAGUUGCUGACCUAUCAGCUUUAUCUGGCUUUUCAAGUCCAAGUACAACACUAACAAGGCAUAAGGAAUGUCAUGAUGAUAGCACAUCACCUCAGAGUCCAGCUACUCGUCCUACUGAACUGCGACGUACCUUAUCCAUGUAUGAUAAUGUUGACUCCAAAAUUUCAGCAAGUAUUAUUACUAGACAAUCGCCAAUUGCCUCAAGAGCUCAUUCGCCUGAUGCUGUAAGAGUUUUUGUGCCAUAUGAAUGUUCACCUACUUCUAAAGCUCCUUCAUCAUCAACGUUACUUCAGGAUCGCUCGCCUUCUCGUUGUACUUCUAUGACUCCUCCAAAUGGUGACAUCACACCAACAAAUCAAGAUCCUAAUAAAAUUACUAUUCAAGUAAAUUUAGAUUAUAACUCAAAGGAAAUGCCAAAUGGAAAUGUAGAUUACUAA